CUCACCAGUAGGAUAGCUGUGGGACUAGAGUCUGUGGGAAUGGAAAGAGCUGAUUGGACGAACGAGCUGGAUCAUAUGAUCGGAUGUAACAAAAUCACUCGAAAAUGAAAAUUCGAGUCCGCUGAUCCUUGUGAAGUACCUGUAAUGGCAAAUCAACGGAGAACUUGUAUUUGAGAACUUAUACGAAAGCAGUGUGUUUUGUCUGGCAUGGAUUGGAGUUAGGCCACACGAGCAGAAAAUGUAAUGUCCAACGAUUUGAUAUUGAGCAGAUUCGCCAUGUCGGAGAGGACACCGCUCCUCCACUAUCGCCUCUCCACAAGUGUCAAUGAGCAGUCGGGGGAGCAUCAGCAAUGUCUUCCCGGUGAUGCGGUGGAGCGGAUUCCGGCAAUUUCCAGACGGAGGUCAGCGCCUUCCAGCCAGCCAAAAAAACUCUCCACAUUCUUUGGCGUGGUGAUACCCACCUUACUGUCUAUGUUCAGUGUGGUGGUGUUCCUACGUAUUGGCUUUGUGGUGGGCCAGUGUGGGCUGUAUCAGGCUAUCAUCAUGUUCCUAGUGGCGUAUCUAAUCAUCAGCAUGACCGUGCUCUCGGUGUGCGCCAUCUCAACCAACGGGGCCCUGGAUGCCGGAGGGGCCUACUAUAUGAUAAGUCGUGCGCUGGGGCCGGAGUUUGGGGGUAGUCUUGGUGUCAUGUUCUUCCUGGCUAACGUGUGUAGCAGUGCCCUCUUCGUCCUGGGUCUGGUCGAGGCUAUCAUGGCAUCGUUUGGCAGGCCAGAAGAUGGGGUGAGUACUGCUAGUACCCUCCAGGUGUUGCCAGCGGGUUACUGGUGGUCUCUGCUCUAUGCCACUGGCAUCCUGCUGGUCUGCCUUCUCGUGUGCUUGGUGGGGGCGGAGAUCUACGCCAAAGCCACCUUCAUCAUCUUCCUAAUAGUGAUGGUGGUGCUGGCCACCGUCUUCAUCAGCUUCUUCGCCGUGCACCCGCACAUCGUCAACCUGCCCCCACCCAGUCAACCGGUCAGCAACGACACCGGGCCUCCUCCGCCCACCGUGGCCAACUUCACCGGUUUUAAACUGGAUACACUGCUGGGCAACCUGGGCGCUCACUAUGCAGUAGACUACACGACGGGAACCAUGAUGUCCUUCGCCACGGUGUUUGCGGUCAUGUUUAAUGGGUGCACGGGCAUCAUGGCCGGGUCUAACAUGUCAGGGGACCUGAGAAACCCCAGCUAUUCCAUCCCUCGAGGAACCAUCACAGCCGUCAUCUUCACCUUCAUCACCUAUAACCUCCUUAGUCUGCUGGUGGCCUGCUCCUGUGACCGCGUUCUCCUCCAGAGGGACUACAGCUUCCUGCGAGACAUUAACGUGUGGCACCCGUUUGUGACCAUCGGGGUGUAUUCCUCCACCCUGUCUGCUGCCAUGAGCAACCUCAUCGGAGCCUCCCGUAUCCUCUACGCCCUGGCGAGGGACGACCUGUUCGGCACGGUGUUAUAUCUAGCUAAGAAGACGUCUCGCAGUGGAAACCCCUGGGUGUCUGUCCUGAUCUCCUGGUUCUUAGUACAGUUGGUGCUGUUCUCCGGGAAGUUGAACACCAUUGCCAGCAUCGUAACCAUCUUCUUCCUGUUGGUGUACGCGGCUGUGGAUCUGGCCUGUCUGGCUCUGGAGUGGGCUUCUGCUCCUAACUUCAGGCCUACUUUCCGUUACUUCACAUGGCACACCUGUGUGCUGGGCAUUGUGGGCUGUGCUGUCAUGAUGUUCCUGAUCAACUCUAUCUACGCAUCUGCCGCCAUCGCCUUCAUGCUGCUACUGCUGCUUCUCAUUCAUUAUCUCAGUCCUACAAGCAGCUGGGGCUACAUCAGCCAGGCGCUCAUCUUCCACCAGGUACGCAAGUACCUACUGAUGUUGGACGUGCGUAAGGACCACGUGAAGUUCUGGCGGCCCCAGGUGUUACUGAUGGUGUCCAACCCACGCAGCAGUGUGGGUCUCAUCACCUUCAUCAACGACAUCAAGAAGAGCGGUCUCUACGUCCUAGGGCACGUGCAGCUCGGAGACUUGGACUCCCUUCCCUCUGACCCCCUCCAGGCCCGUUAUGACUCCUGGCUGUCUCUGGUGGACCACCUCAACAUCAAGGCCUUUGUCAACCUCACUCUGGCUGACUCCGUACGACAUGGAGUCCAGCAUCUGCUCUUCAUCUCAGGACUAGGUGGGAUGAGGCCCAAUACAUUGGUCCUCGGUUUCUAUGACGACUGCCCCCCUGAAGACAAACUUACUGACCCCACCUACGUAUCAUUCAAGCCGACUGACCCCAGCGUCAUCCCCACUCAGGACCCAGAGGAGGAAUGCCCGACCUACCACUUCUCCGCCCUGCGGGAGUCUAGCGGCGUGACCGGCGGGGGGCGCCUAGACAGCGGAAAAGUCUUGGGACCUCAGGAGUAUGUGGCGGUGAUCGCGGACGCUGUGAAGAUGUCGAAGAACGUAGCACUGGCCCGCUACUUCCAUCAGUUUGACCGGGCGUCCACCCUGUCGUCCGCGGGGAAGGGGGCCCUGUACGUGGAUGUGUGGCCCGUCAACCUGAUGAGGCCGGACAGCUCUAGCUACGUGGACACCUGCUCCUUCUUCCUGCUCCAGCUGGCCUGCGUCCUCAACAUGGUCCGGGCCUGGCGCCACGCCAGGCUCCGCCUCUUCCUGUGCGUGGAGGAAGGGCGGAGCAUGCGGGGCCCCGAGGAGAAGCUGGGGCACCUACUGAAGCAGCUCCGUAUCAAAGCCCACGUCUACCCCGUGCCCUGGGAUCUACAGGUGGCACUGCACUGGCAGAGGCAGGGCGACGCCGACAAGACCAGGCCGCCGUGCCAGUCUCCGAAAGAGGACGAGUUCGAGGAGGAAGGGGACGACGACUACGUCAAUAGCUUUCCUAGCAACGCCACCAGGGUGUCGGAUGAGUAUCUGUCGGCGGUCAAUAGGUUAAUCCUGGAUCAGACCUGCCCCCCUCCGGCAGUGCGUUUCUUGUAUUUGCCCCGACCCCCCGCUGACACGCGGCGCUACACUUCCUACCUGCGCCAGCUGGACCUGCUCACUAAGGGCCUGGGUCCGACCCUGCUCAUACACGGGGUCACGCCUGUCAUCACCACCGACCUUUAACCCCUGGAGCUUAAACGGUCAGCGACUUGUCUCUGAUUGAACCCGUUUCUUCCCCCUGCCAAAUUGAAAGUGGUACUUAGACAAAGCGCAAGAAUUAACUUACCUUUCCCAAAGUGUUAUUUGAAUGCAGUUCUACUGUCUUUCCUCUCUGACCUCCUAAUGAAUAUGGAAGGGUUGCACUAGCCAAAACGUCCAAAUAAAAGGGUUUCAUGUCAGGGGACUGUAAUUUCAUCCAUUUAAGAUUUUCUAUUCAGAAAGCACUUCAUCUUUCAUCUACCAAUAUCAGAAACCUUUAAUGUUUACAUAUUUUUUUUUAUACCUAGGACCAGCAAUCUGUUCAACAGGACUGCCCAUUAAUCGAUUUGUAAUUUAUUUUCGGCAGUACUUUCUUUUAAGAAGUGUUUUCUUGUGGUACACUGACUGACUGUAUUGCAGACUCUACCUAUCAGAAUGCCGAAUUACACUUGCGUUCCGCGGUGUAGCAGUGUAGACACUCCUCAUGGUGCGUUACAUUUGCGUUACAUUCAGUUUUUCACUCUAGUCCACUCUGGUCCAGUCCUGUUUACUAAAGGGAUAUCUAUUCUAUAUAGAUCCAUCUCAUCUUCACUGAGCUGUUCUGUUGGACACUGCACUCCUUUGUAAAGAAUGUCUGGAUAUGACUGCUCUUUGCAACUCAAGGACUUGCUGUUGGAACUCGUACAUGGUACAUUCUUUUAAAGGAAAUUUUUUAAAUGACACAUUUUAAAAGCACUGUCCAAAUCCCUAAUAUUUUAAAGUGUGUGAUUCACUAAAACAUUUUUGUUUUUAUGUUCUGUGUUGUUUUCAUUUUUAUUUCACACUUGCAUUUUUGUCAGUAAUCUCCACCAAGUUGAAGUGUUGAUUGAUGAAUAUGCAUUUGGUAUCAUUAGAGUGUCAUUAGUGUGUUUUUUUUUUUUUAA